AUGGCCAAACGAAAAAUCGAGAAUGCUCCGAACCCUGACAGCGCCCAGACGAUCCGUGGCCUGGAUCUGCCGACCUAUGAUGGCGCAGGGCUUCGAAUCGGAAUCCUGAGCGCGAGAUGGAACUCAGUAGUCUGUGACAGCUUGGUGGCCGGGGCUGUCGAAGCCCUUACGUCUUGCAACGUCACUGACAUCACCAUCGAACAUGUCGCCGGAUCUUAUGAAAUUCCUCAGGCUGCCCAGGUACUUUUGGAUUCUGGUCGGUUUGAUGGAAUAAUCUGCAUCGGCUGCCUCAUAAAGGGCGGCACGAUGCAUUUCGAGUACAUCAGCGAGGCCGUUACUCAGGGCAUCAUGAGACUGAACCUGGACUACAAAGUCCCAGUUAUUUACGGCAUCCUAGGCUGCUUGAAUGAGGAGCAGGCCAAGGAGAGAGCCGGAGUUAAUGGAGCCGGGCACAACAGCGGAAAGGAUUGGGGAAUCACUGUUGUGGAGUCGUGCCUUCUGACCAAGAAGUACAAAAAAGUGCUCGGCAGCUGA